AAUGCAGUUGCCAAAAAAGAACAGCGUUAAAAAUGGCGGUGGCCGUCGAAGUUUUACCAGAAGCCUUGUCCGGCCGUUUCCGUGGGUCAUUUGCCUACAAAACAAUCAAAGAUCGUCUUCCAAAGAUUUUAACGAAAGCUGUCGAUACAAUCUACAGGCAAAGAACAGUGUUAGCAACCAAGCAUGGUGAGUGUGGAUUAGACGAUUUCAAGCUGACAGUUGGGCGGCUUAGCAAGCUGCGAUAUGAGCUACAGACAAACAAGCCCAUGUACAAACUGACUGAUAAGCAUGCAGAUGUGGAACUAUGGAAUCAGUACUAUGACAAGGAAAAGGAAAGGAAUGGCAUGGACCCAUGUUGGUUCACCAAUGCAUGGCUCUAUGUGGAAUGCUUUAUGUAUAGAAGUAUAAAAGAAACGCUGGCAUUAAGUAUGUUUCUGAAGGAUUUUGACCCUUUUGAGGAACAAAAGAGAUCAGCAUUCAUGUCAUCACAAACACCUAUAGUUACCUUAGCAAACCAUCUGCUACAUAUUGUUUCAAGCAAUGAGCACCGUGACGCGGACUUACUAGAGAAAGAUUUUCGGCACAUGGUAGAGCUUUCACUUUGGGGAAACAAAAAUGAUCUCUCCAUAUCCGGCGGCUCUGAAAACUACCAGAAGGCAGAUCCUCUCGAGCAGUUAGAUGAACUGCAGCCGUACAUUCUCGUCGACCAGAUUAAUGACAUGUGGCGCCAUCUGAAGUCGUGCGCCAAUAGGAAAUGCGGCCGAUGCAGGAUCGACAUCAUAUUAGACAAUGCCGGUUUCGAACUGUUUGGCGACCUUUGCUUCGCAGAGUUUCUGCUACGGAUGGGACUCGCAAGCGAGGUGCAUCUACAUGCAAAAGCUAUGCCCUGGUUUGUGUCCGAUACGACUUCCCAGGACUUCUGGUGGACGCUGGAAAUGCUACAAGCGUCGAACAACGGCGAGCUGUCGCGACUCGGCACCAGGUGGCACCAGCAUAUCAAGGACGAGACGUUCUUCCUGAAGCAGGAUGAUUUCUGGACGCUGCCGCACAACUACGCGGAAUUGCGCGCCAUGGCACCACAGCUCUAUCAAGACCUCUCCGCUUCUGACCUCGUCGUGUUUAAGGGCGACCUGAACUACAGGAAGUUAACCGGCGACCUCCAGUGGCCACAUACGACGCCGUUUGUCGACGCACUGCAGGGGUUCCUACCGGCUCCCCUUUGUGUCCUAAGGACGUUGAAGGCCGACUUAGUGGUUGGCCUGCAGGAGGGACAAGACAAGCAAGCUGAGGAGAAGGCGAGUGAUUGGAUGGUCAGUGGCAACUUUGCAGUGGUUCAGUUCUAUGUAGAUAGAGCAUGGGAGCAGUUGUAGUGACUUCACCUCUACCUACAUGCAUGCCAACAUUGGGCAUCUGUAUCUCUUGUGGAUAUCAAGAUAGCUGGCAGGAGAUCUAUUUUAUGGUAACAGACACUACAGCAUUUUAAGGGGAACAGCAAUAAUCAUUUUCAAGGUACCAGCUACUGCUUUAUAAGGGGGACAGCAGUUAGGAAUUCAAAGGUGACCUCCAGUAAGGCGAUUUAAAAGUAACUAGCAGUCACAUAGUGUGAGGUAACAAUUCAGUAUUAUAGUGAGCCGAAGUAAAAGUAGUCUUAAGAUAAACAGCAGUCAGGUAUUUCGAGGCAGUCAAAACACGGUAUUUUCAGGGUAGUUGCACUAAGGGAUUUUAUUUUGAAGCAACCUAAACUUCAAGCAUGUUGCUGGGUAAACUGCAUAAUGGAUAACCGAGGACUUCACUGACUGUCUAACACACUAAAUAGUGUUACUGCAAUCAGGGAUUUUGUGUGAUGUGUAAUGUGCAUAGUUACACCUUUGUGAUGUUACACGUGUUACAAUGACAGGGUAGAGGCGACUAUAAAUAACUGCACCGGUGUAGAGCCUGCAACAUGUAUGGGGGCUGUCUAAAGCUAGCAUUGCUAUUGAUGAUCUAUAGGUGGUUCUGACCUGAGCAGCAUAACUUUUUUUAAAUAUCUUAAAUAUAUUCCUGAGUGGUUUCUAUUUAGAACUAUGUAUCUUCUCUCACGACACAAUCUGCAUAUUGUAAUCAUAUUAUAGGUUUUCCCAUCAUAUCUGUUUGCUAGCUUUUGCGAAUUUUCCUAAAUGAGGCCACAGUGUAUGAUUUUUUCUGCUAGUCAAGUUUACGAUUACAAAAUCAAACAUUACAUCAACACAUCCAAGAGAUUAGUAAUGUAUACGAUUUUUAGAGGUGGACAGGAGACUGGAUAUCUCUGAGCCAUGAAUGUAAUUAGCUAUAGACCUAUAAUGCAAGGGUUAGUAGCUAGAAAAGAGGUGUAUGCAGCUGGUUUGCUUUAAAAUAUGUAUAUAUUAUUGUCUAUUGUGUGAUCACGAUUAAAUGAAUGACAGAUGCGAAAGAAUAAACAAUUUCAACUAAAUUUUACUGUGGAAACUGAAGUAUAGUUCCGAGCUCAUCUAUGUCUUUUGACGUCUAUUUAUUUCGAUAAGCAAAUUUACAUGAUGAUAGUCAAAAUUACAUAUCUGUCUGACUGUGUAUUCAUUUUAUAUUUGUAUGGUCUGCACACAGAUUUACUAUAGGCAAAUUGCUUACAUUUGUAUUUUGGCUUUCUAUUAUGUAUUUGUUAUCUUGAGUCUAUAAUUGUUAUGACAUUUUUAGUUUAUUUAAUAAAUGUAUGCAAAUUUGUA